AUGCGCCAGAGUGUUACCUCCCCCUACAACCCCCAGCCCACGUGCUGGCCCCGGCCCCCAUGGCAGCGCUACCAGCUGCUGCCCAUCCUCGAGACCCCCACACCCCUCCAGCCCCCGAAAGCAGGGGCUCUUUUAUACUUUGUCACAGGCUGGAUUGGAGAGUCUCCCCUCUCCUCAAAAGCCUCCCGUUCCCCUCUGCAUCAAGGAAAAACUUCUCACCAUCAGAUUAUCACGUCGGGAGCCCAACCCUCCACGCCGCCCGUGGGGCCCAGAAACCUAACGGUCAACGAGGCAUCGGUGCCCGAGGCAGCCCCGUCCGGAUUAACGGGGGGUCCCACGCCGCCCCCGGGACUGGCGGAGGCGUUGGGGGCGCUGGGCCUAGACGGGGAGCGCGAGUAUGCGGGGGACAUCUUUGCCAGCGUCAUGUUCCCGCAGGCUGACCGCGCGCUCCCGAGCCCGGACCUGUCUCCCGCCGUGACCCCGGAGAUGCGUGCCCUCGUGGUGGACUGGCUAGUCCAGGUGCAUGAGUACCUGGACCUGGCCGGGGACACGCUCUUCCUGGCCGUGCACCUGCUGGACUCCCUCCUGCGCGCCGCCCCCGUGCGCCCGCGCCGCCUGCAGCUCCUGGCUGUCGCCUGUUUUUUCCUGGCCUGUAAAGUGGAGGAAUGCACGUGCCCCGAGCCCGCCUCCCUCUGCCUCCUGGGCGCCGGUUCCUUCUCCCCUGCCGAGCUGCUGCGGGCUGAGAGGCGGGUGCUGAGCCGCCUGGACUUCCAGCUGCACUACCCGGGCCCCCUGCUCUGCCUCCGGCUUCUCGCCGCCCUGGCCCGGGCCCCCCAACAGGUCCUGCUUCUGGCCCAGUAUUUCCUGGAGCUGUCCCUGCUGGAGGCCGCGCUGCUACGCUGGGAGCCGGGCCGCCGAGCCGCGGCCGCCCUGGCCUUGGCUCGAGGGAUGCUGGCGGAAGCCGCGGGAGCCCCCGGGCUCGUUGUCUACAGCGAGGCGGAGCUGGAGCCCAUCCAAGCCUUCAUGGUCCGGUCGGCGCUCGGCGCCCCUGCUGCCGGUCUCGGGGCCAUCUUCCUCAAGUACGCGCGGCCCCAGCGGCUCCAGACCAGCCUCACGGCCGCCUCCCUCCUCCGCCACCGGCCUCAGCCCUGACGGUCGCCCCCCGCCCCUUGGCCGCUUCGCCCCGGCGAGCCGAUCCCUAUCGCUGGCCGCGAGGGGCGGGGAAAGCCGGGGGAUUAAAAAAGAAAUCUGUGCGUGUCCAUGUGUGUCUGUAUGUGUCUGUCCCUCUGCCUCUGUCCGUUCGUCCGUCCGCGCUGACCCCGGGGCGGCCGAGGGUUCAAUAAAGUGCUGUUCUGUUUUAGGCCUC